AGUGCAAGCUUGGGCUCAGGCAGAGCUGUGAGAGUCCAACUGGGAUCCGAGUGUGCUCUCCAGUUGUCGGCAGAGGGGCAAGGAGCCUGGGAGGCAGGACCAUGUGGCUGUGGCUAGUUCUUCUCCUGCUCAGCCUCCCAGGCUGUUUCUCUAUCCAAGGCCCAGGGUCCAUGAGGGGUCUAGAAGGGGGCUCGGUGAGCGUGCAGUGUAACUAUACAGCAGAAUGGGAGACUUACGAGAAGUGGUGGUGUCGCGGAGCAGACUGGACAUCAUGCCAGAUCCUCGUUCAAACCAAUGGAUCAGAGCAAGUAAUGAAGAGAGACCGUGUGUCCAUCAGGGACAACCAGAGUCACCUCUUGUUCACGGUGACCAUGCAGGAUGUCCGGCGAGAUGACACAGACACUUACUGGUGUGGGAUUAGCAGAUAUGGACCCGACCUUGGGACAUCUAUCAAAGUGACCAUUGACCCAGGUAAGAACUUUCUCAUCAUGCUCAGGACAGAAAGAGCAAGGGCUUCUGCUUCCCCUCCCCAAGGGCAGAAGGGAAAUGGCUGA